AUGCCUCCAAGAAUCACAACAAUCCAACCUGGUGUUUUCAAUUCAAACUCUAAAUUAUCCAGCUUAAUUCUUCCAAACACAGUCGAAGUUAUCAUAGGCUGGUCGUCAGAAGAUGGAGCUACUUUUGGAGGUGCCUUGUCUGAAAUUAUUAUUUCUGAAGAUUCAAUGUUAAAGGAAAUUAUUUCAUCUGCAUUUUAUGGUUCAAAGAUUAAAAGUAUUUUCAUUCCUCAAUAUUUGGCAUCAAUGGAUUCUUCACCAUUUUUAUAUUGUAAAUUAGAAAAUAUUAUAAUUGAUCCUCGAAAUCAAGUUCUUAAAACAGACGGCAAAACAAUAUAUAAAGAUGACAAUGCGACAAUUUAUAUUGUUUCUGCAUAUUUUAGUGGUGAAUAUACAGUACCAUCAUUUGUUAAUAAAUUAUUUGGUGCAUGCUUUAGAGGAGUUCCUAUAACCAAUAUUAUUUUUCCUAAUCAUUCAAUUGAAAUGAAUGUUUUCUGCUUUGGCGAAACUAAUAUUGUUAGUUUUGAGUUUCCAUCUACAAGUACAAAAGUUCCCACAUGUUUCUUUUCAGAUUGCUAUUCCCUUCAGUUUGUGAAACUUUCUGAUAACAUUACAUCAAUUAAUCAAUAUGCAUUCAAUGCAUGUUUCAAUCUUCGCAAUUUAACGUUGCCAUCCAAGCUAAUUAGCAUUGGUGAUUACGCUUUUCAAACAUGCAGUAGUUUAAAAAAAAUAAUUUUCCCUUCAACUUUGAGAGAGAUUGGUCAGUCCGUGUUUAUGAACUGCAAUCUUGAAAUUGACACGGAUAGUAAUGAUAAUUUUUUGUAUGUGAAUCAUAUGCUAUUCUCGAAUAACAAGAGUUUCCUCACAGAGAGUUUUGGAACAGACAUUAAUACUGUUUUGACAAUUCCGAUCGAAUGUGUUUCAAUCGGAAAGAACACAUUCUGGAAGAAAGAUCUCAAGAAAGUCACAUUUGCAGGUAGUAGUGUUAUCAGCAUCAACGAGACAGCAUUUAGCCAUUCAAAAAUUGUUGAAAUAUAUUUCCCGUCGAGUCUUCAAACACUCGGUAAUGGAUGCUUCAUGUCAUGUUCGCUCUUGACAACUGCAUCAUUCAGUGGGACAUCAAUCAAAUCGAUUCCUGAUGACUGCUUCCGUGAUUGUACAAAACUUACUGACAUCGUUCUCCCUUCUUCGAUAACAUCUAUUGGAAGUUAUUCAUUCUAUAACUGCGUUUCGAUUGGUGAUAUCGGAAUUCGUGAUACACAAGUAUCGAAGAUCGGAAGAUAUUCAUUCAGUUUUAGUGGACUCACUACAUUUGAAUCUUCUAAUUGUCUGUCAGAACUACUAUUGAACUCAUUUGAGUCUAGUUCAGUUUCUCGUGUUUCUAUCUGUUCAAACAACAUUCCAGAUGGAUGUUUCCAUAACUGCACAAAUCUUAUCAGUCUCACUCUUCAUGAAGGCAUCGUCACACUAUCUAGCACAUGCUUCAAGGGAUGCACAAAACUCGAAUCUUUCACAAUCCCGAGUACAACUACAACGAUCAACUCUUUCGCAUUCCAAGGAUGUUCUUCUCUGAGCUCUGUCACACUCAGUCAAGGAAGUGUUCUCAGAGAAGUUUUUGGAGGCGCAUUUGCAGACUGUGAUCUUCUUGAGAGUAUCAUCUGCAACAGUGCUUCACACACGUUCAGGAACGGCGCACUCAUGGACGCUGAUGAAUCUAAUCUCAUCGUUUUCAUCCCAUCAAGCAAGAUCACGACUUUCAUUGUUCCUUCAACGAUGAAAACAAUUGGUCAAUAUGCAUUCAUGGGAAGCCGAAAUCUCAUCCGUGUUAUAUGCAACGGCGACACUCUCACAACUAUCGGUUUCAUGUCGCUCACUAACUGCGUCAGCCUCUCAUUCCUAUACGUGUCAUCGUCGAGCCUCACAACGAUUGGUGAUCAUGCAUUCGAUGGAUGUCCGAAACUUCACAAGUGCGGGAGUGUUCAAUGUAUGAAGAACAAGAGAAACAUGUUCAUUGAAAAAGACAUACCUUCGAUCUCUUUUACUGAAGUAUGUUCAAACUACGAACUCACAUGCAAGAUGCGAGGAAUAUAUACAUUUUCAUUCUUACAAAAUACUGCGGUAUUUAUUCUAAUGUAUUUAUAA